UGUAGGGAAUAUUUUUAUAGUAGUUUAGCUGUAUAGACUUUAGGAGGGAAAAUGAGUCGACAUUUAGUUGCUGCUUUUUGUUUGGCUUUAGUUUUUUUUCCUGUGCUGAGCACUUCAUGUCCUGCACAGUGCAGCUGCUUCUUCCACAAACUCAGUGACGGAUCAAAAGCAAGGAGUGUUCUGUGCAAUGAUCCAGAGAUCACCGUCAUCCCUCCCAACUUUCCCACCGACACAUCCAAGCUGCGCAUCGAAAAGACAGCAAUCACACGGAUUUCAAGCAACAACUUCCACUACCUCAACAACCUGGAGUUUCUCUGGAUGUCUUUUAACUCAUUGAACACGUUGAACGUGGACAGUUUUCGAGGUCUUUACAACCUCGAUGAGCUCCGCUUGGACGGCAACUCCCUCACCUCCUUCCCCUGGGAGUCGCUGACCGAUACGCCAAACCUGAGGCUUCUUGACCUGCACAACAACAAGAUCUCAACCAUCCCUGCCGAGGCCAUCGUGUACAUUAAGAAUAUCACUUAUCUGGACUUGUCUAGCAACAGUCUGACCACGGUUCCCUCUGACGUUCUGACAAUGUGGCUGAGUGUGAAGCCAUCCCAGGACAGUGAUUCUUCCAAACUAAUUCUCGGUCUUCAUGACAACCCAUGGCUGUGCGACUGCCGGCUCUAUGAUCUAGUCCAGUUUCAGAAAUCUCCAUCAUCAUCCGUGGCUCUUAUUGACACCAGGCUGAGGUGCGCGGAUCCUGAGAGCCUAUCGGGGGUCCUUUUUACAGAAGCGGAGCUGCAGAGGUGCCAAGGCCCUCGGGUGCACACAGCCGUGGCUCGCGUUCGAAGCUCCCUGGGCAACAACGUCUUGCUGCGCUGUGGUACAGUUGGAGUCCCCAUCCCUGAGCUGUCCUGGAGCCGUGCUGAUGGCAAGAAAAUGAACGGCACAGUUCAGGAAGAGAUUUCAAAGGAGGGCAUCAUUUGGUCCAUUCUCAGCGUGCCUGCAGUCUCGUACCGUGAUUCUGGGAAAUACGUCUGCAAAGCGUCAAACUUUGUGGGCACUGCAGACGCAAUCAUCUCCUUAGUGAUCACAGACUCUAUCAGAUCAGAGGAAGCCGGUGGCGGGGUUUCUAAGAGACCCAGAGGGAAGAAACCUGGUGGCAUCGGAAGAGCGGCAUACCAGGAGAAACUUAUUGCCAGAUACGUUCCUCCACCUACCACCACGGCAGCCCAACCUAUCAUCGAACCUCUCAAUGGCAAAGGCGUGACUGGGAAGUAUGAGAUUGAGAGCUACAGCGUCUCUGAUGAUGCCUCUCCAGGACGAGGGAAAGGAUCAGACUCUCAGAAGCCGUUGGGUAUACAGAAGGAUGGUCUGGGCAACCUAGUGGCUAAUGCCUCGUCUUUACAGCAAGCUCCAGAGAAAAGGAUUGUGCGCUCCGUUAAGGUGAUUGGUGACACUGAUCAUACUGUCUCCCUGAACUGGCGAGCCCCGACGGCCACAAACACAACGGAAUUCAGUGUCCUAUAUGCUAUUUUUGGUGAGAGAGACAUGCGUAGAAUCAAUGUUGGCGCUGGGAAGAAUCGGAUCACAAUCGACGGCCUGGUACCAAAGACGAAGUAUAUAGCCUGCGUGUGCGUCAAAGGCCUGAUCCCAAAAAAGGAGCAGUGUGUAAUCUUCUCAACUGAUGAGGCAGCCAGUGCCAGUGGCACUCAGAAGCUCAUUAAUGUGGUGGUGAUCACGGUGGCAUGUGUGAUCGCCGUUCCCCUGACUCUGAUUGUGUGCUGCGGGGCCAUAAAGAAGCGCUGUCAAAAGCUGCUAGGGCGGCAAUCCAAGGAAAUUCAAGACUCGUACGUCACUUUUGAGACUCUUGGCCCUGGAGGCAAAGCAAAAGGGAUGGAGGGGGAGUAUCUGACCAGGUUAAAUCCUGAUGAAUCGAACAGGUUGCUCUCAGCAAGGUCUAGUGUUGACUCAGAAGCAUUAGCAAGGACUGAGGGGCCACCGAACGAGUAUUUCUGCUGAAAAAUCAAGUGUAUGCCACAGCCUCCAGAAGAUGCACUUUGUUUUCUAUCAGCCUGUGAUGUAAAUAAGAACCUCUCUGUCCUCAAAGAUUUAAAGACUGAGGCCUGUCAGAGGACACUCAUAGCUGUGGUUGGAUGACUGGAUGUAUGGAAUUGUUUUACAGCCUUGUGGGAAUAAAACCACCUCUUAAUAGGUGGGCAAAAAGGGAAACUGACACAUUGACAAUAUCAACAUGUGCUGUAAAUGUGUAACAAUAAGCUUUUUUUUUAUUAUUACCAUGCACUUUUAAAGGUGCUGUUUGGUAGAGGAACAUGUCUGGAAAUGUUGCCCUACACCAUUUAAAACCCAAUCAUGUUUUUUUCCAUGAUGAAAC